AUGGAGAGUACAAAUGGCACGAGUGUAAGUACUGAAAGCCAGGGAACAAGUAGACGGCUUCGCAAAGCACUGAAGAGGGACGCGAAAGAAAUCGUGCUCAACGUGUUCAAUUAUCUGAACAGAACUAUGUCGCAGGGAGAUGCACUCGCGCGUUGUGAAAGUAUGACAGACAAGAGAACUGGAGCUACUACUGAUCCAAAGUUGAAUUUGAAGGGACGAAAGGCCGUUAAAUUGGAUGACGAUAGCAAAAUGGCGUUAAGGCGAACCGUACAUUCAUUCUUCUUUAGGAAUGAGAUACCAACCCUCAAGGCUGUACAUGCAGCGAUCAAGGAAAAUGAAAUUAUACCCCAAAUGAGCGUCGAGGUAAUGAGGAAAUCCCUGUACGAAAUUAAUUUUCGUUACGAAACGCGUAAUCGGAAGUCAGUAUUGACAGAGAGACCUGAAAUAGUCGCCUGGCGUCGAAAAUACCUACGCGAAAUGAUUGAAUAUAGGCGACAAAGCAGAAAAAUCUAUUAUUUGGACGAGACAUGGGUAAAUGCAGGUCACACAGUUAAAAAAACCUGGAUAGACAAAAACGUAGUGAGUAACCGACAAGCAAGCAUUGAAGGUUUGUCAACAGGUCUUCGUGGACCGUCAGGGAAAGGUCAAAGAUUGAUCGUAACUCAUAUUGGUAGCGAUAGUGGCUUUUUAGAAGAGUGUGACUUGAUUUUCGUCUCUAAGAAAGGAGGUGAUUACCAUGACGAAAUGAAUGCCAGCUGCUUCGAGAGCUGGUUUCAAGGGGUGCUUCAGCGAGUUGAGCCCAACUCUGUGAUCGUCAUGGAUAAUGCUUCCUACCAUAGUCGUCGAGCCGAACGUGUACCGACUAUGGGAUCUCGAAAAAGUGACAUGCAGCAAUGGUUGCGCGAAAAAGGAAUCCCGUUUGACGAUUCAUGUGUGAAAGCGGAAUUGUAUGAAAAAAUUAAACAGCACAAACCUGCAAACAUUAGUUACGUGACUGAUGAGAUGGCCCGUCAAUGUGGUGUCACUGUGCUGCGGUUACCGCCCUACCACUGUGAACUGAACCCAAUAGAGCUCAUCUGGGCUCAAGUGAAGGGUUAUAUUGCGCGCCAUAACACAACCUUCAAAUUACCAGACGUUAAGGUUUUACCUGAGACUUCCAUACAGCUAGUAACAACCGAAGCUUGGCAGAAUGCUAUCCGUCAUGUUGUGAAGCAAGAAACAAAAAUGUCGCAGCUUGACCACCACAUCGACACCAUCAUAGAGCCAGUUAUAGUCAAUUUCAACGAGGAAAGCGAUAGCGACAGUUUAUUACUGUCAGAUGUAAGUGGAAGCGACGAUGAAUAA